AUGUUGAGAAAGAAAGAGAAUAAAAGUCGAAAUUCUGACGGAAUUUCCGGAAAAUACAUCAAAAAAGAGAAUCCGCCCGAAAUCCCGAGCAUCGACUGCUUGACCGCCACUUCCGGUCACUCGUUGGCCAAAACGCUGACUCAGAAAUGUGCCAAAAGCGCCAACCAUUCGCUCAAUCAUCACUCCUUCGCGCGGACGGCGCCCGUCGCCAACCACGUGACGCGCGACUCGCAGCACUCGCUCAACCACGUGACCAACGCCGCGUCCAUCACGUCCACGCCCUCGUCCUCCACCUCAUCCCUCGCCACCGCCAACCAGUGGCCGGAGUCUCACGUGCAGUGGAGAGGGGAGAAGGCGUGGAUCUCUGUGCCGACGCUGCCGACAGAGCGCCCCCUGCCGGUCGACUCCCAAAUCCGCUCCAUGACGUGUCUGACGUCCACUAGUCGCGACUCCCAGCACUCCAUCUACUCCAACGUCGCUGACGCCCCGCCCCUGCCCUCCGGCUGGACAGUGGACUUCACGCUGAGGGGAAGGAAGUACUUCGUGGACCACAACACGAAGACCACCCAUUGGUCGCACCCAUUGGAGUCGGAGGGGUUGCCGAGUGGGUGGGAGAGGAUCGAGUCGGCGGCGCACGGCGUCUACUACGUCAACCACAUCACCAGGGUCACCCAGUUGGAGCACCCCUGCGCGCCGCAGUACGCCCUGCGCUCCCCGCCACGGCCGCCAACUCUGCAGGAGCUGCCGGUGCCGCCGCAGCCGUCGCAGUUCGCGCAGUCGCACAUCGUGCCGGCCAACCCCUACUUAACCGAAGAGAUCCCGCAAUGGCUGUACAUCUACGCGAACGCGCCGCCCGAACACGACCACAAGCUCAAGUGGGAACUGUUCCGCGUGUCUGAGUUGGACUGCUUCCAGGCCAUGUUGAACCGUUUGCACCGCAAAGACAUGGAAGACCUCGUGAUGUCGUUCGAGCAGACGCGGCGCGCCCUCCAGCGGGAGAUCGACAAACGAUUGUAAAUAAACUUAUUUAUUGUUCGCAA